GGGACCUCCACCCCGCGUCUCUACACUCACCAAGUUGAAGCCGGCUUGGAUACUACUUCUUGGUAACACAACGUCAAAAUGGCAGAUGAACCAUAUUGGCUGGGUCGAGCUUCGGCGGAACAGCAGCGACUUGCGAAGCAGCACCAUAUCUGGACAAAAUCUAUUGGCUAUCUCAUUCACCCAUCCAUUGCAAAGACUCUACCGAAUGAUACCAAAAUCGCAGACGUCGGAACCGGCACUGGCAUCUGGAUGACCGAGUCAGCCAAAACCACCCCAUCGACCUACCAGUACGAUGGCUACGACAUCUCAGACGGCCAGUUCAUGGACAAAGAUGCCCUUCCCUCAAACGUCACUCUGCAACUGGGUGAUUUCAAGAAGCCCUUCCCGGAGGAGCUACACGGCAAAUACGACAUGAUCAACAUCCGCCUGAUCGUCAUCUCCAUGGGCAACGAUGUCUGGAACUCCACUCUCCGCAACGUCCUCACGCUCUUGAAACCUGGCGGUGCCAUCCAAUGGAUCGAAGGAAACUUCUUCAUUGCAAGAGGCUUCCGUGGAAUCGAUGCUGGCUCGACCGGAGGCCACUAUCUCACCCGCGUGCAGAUUCAGCUCAACACGAUUUUGACAAAGCGGUUUGGAUACAACUUCCCCGAAUGGACCAGUUUCUUCGAAGGUGAGGGGUUGAAGGACGUCGAAGAAGACGUCCUCAGCACCGAUCGCUUGCCAGAGCAACGGACUGAGUUCACGGAGAUUGGCAUUGGUGCCGUACUUGGUGGCUUGAAGAAUUUGGCGAGCAUCAAGGAGCAAGGCUACUGGAGUGAGGAGCAAGUGGAUGACUAUCAUAAGAAGGCUCUUGAUGACAAAGACUCGGGGGCUUAUCUACGAUGGGAUAUACAUGUCACAGUUGGAUUCAAAUCCAAGGAAGCAUAGUGAACUUAAUCUUCGAGGAAGUAUAUGUACCACUUCAUCACUAUCAAAUGAAGCGUAUGAGCUAGGUCUAGGAUUGCGACAAGAGCGUAUACCUAGCUGUUCACAGCAGUCGAUCCGUAUCCUUCAUAGAGAACCCUGAGGGUUGCACUUGCGGCCCUUUUCUAAAGACGAUCCUUAAAACAUUCUUGCGCGUCUCCAGCAACAAGAACGUUCUAGACAUAGGACAGAGAUCCACAAGCAUAACUAGGGAC